UGCUGGGUUAUGAGUAUUAUGGGCUGUCUGGAAUUCACCAGCUAGUGGAGAGAAAAAUAUCUAACGGUAGACUGAAGUAAACAUGGAGCUGUCGGCUGUUGGAGAGAGAGUGUUCGCGGCCGAAUCCAUCAUCAAACGGCGUAUAAGAAGAGGUCGAAUGGAAUACCUUGUGAAAUGGAAGGGCUGGUCUCCGAAAUAUAGCACCUGGGAACCGGAGGAAAAUAUCUUGGACUCCCGCCUCUUCGCCGCAUUCGAAGAGAGAGAACGUGAGAGGGAGCUCUUUGGGCCUAAAAAGAGGGGACCUAAACCGAAGACUUUUCUUCUAAGGGCUCAAGCCAAAGCUAAAGCCAAAACGUACGAAUUCCGGAGUGAGGCGGCAAGGGGGAUUCGGGUUUCAUUCCCAAAUCCAGAGCCUGUCAUUACCCCAAGAGCUCGGGAGGGCUUACGGGCCAUCGUACCCACCAUCUUUCCUCCUAGCACUGUCAACAGGGGUGAGAGUGUGCGCAUCAGACCUCUGGAGCCCGCUCGGGAGCACCGUCCCUCUGCCUUGCAAAGAUCUCCUUCUGCUGCUGACGGAUUAGUCUCUGCACCCAAGAAGAGGGGGCCAAAGCCAAAACUGCGCUUCAAAGACAACCUUAACAGUGCUCCGGCCCCAGAGCCUGCUAAGAGGAGGUCAGAAGAACAGAUGACUUAUGGCCCAGUCAAACUGGGGAAGCAUGGCCCCUCUGAGGGCGAAAAGGCAGGCUCGGAGAUGAGAGUAAUUAAAUUAGCCCGACGGCACCAGGAGGAUCCCACAUACGCCCCAAAACAGACACGGGCAAUACCCAGUGGAAGUAUGCACCACUAUGGUUUAGACAGGAGUGCGCACACACACAGAGCAGCAGGCUUGGACAUUCAGAGCUGCAGGACUAAGGAAUGCUCGGGUGGCUUGUCCUCUCCACAGCCCAAACUAAAGCACUUGUCAAAAAAUAGCCUAUACCAGCCUGAUGGUCCUCCACUGAGGGACCAGCCCUCUCUUGUUGCCAAAAUCCCAGUGUCCAGGAUUCUUGGAGAGCCGGAUGAAGAUUCCUGGAGCCCUUGUCUGAACAACGUGGAGAAGGUCGUGGUGACAGAUGUGACCACAAACUUUUUAACAGUAACAAUUAAAGAGAGCAGCACAGAUCAAGGCUUUUUCAAAGAUAAAAGAUGA